UGUAGUUCUUUUAUUCAGUUCGUGACAUUUUUUACUUGAACAAUCAUAAAUGACUGGUGGUGAAGAAUUUAAAAAAACUUUGAAUGAAAAGUGUUGAGGUUGUUUUGAUGGUGUUUUAGAAUGGUGAUUAACAAGUGGGCUGUAAUAAUUUGUGUGAUAGCUUUCUCUGCAAGUGAUUUUGUGGUGUUUGCUGCCGAGGAGAAACCUGUAGCAGCUGAUACUUUACAACAAACAACAGAACGUUCUGAGGAAUCUGGUUCGGAGGAAGGAAGGGAACUGGUGCAACUGCAAAUUCUCUUCCGCCAUGGAAUGAGAGCACCUGACCAAACAUUCCCUGGGGACUUAAAUCCAAUAGACGUAUGGAGAGAAGGAGUUGGUCGCUUAACACAACACGGCAAGUAUCAAAUGUAUUGUUUGGGGAGGCAUUUGAGAUGGCUCUACCGCAAUUUUAUAACCGCAAGCCCGGUCGAAGUGGAAGUGUUGAGUUCGAAACGCAACCGGUGUUUGUUGAGUGCGUUGUGUCUCGCCUCCGCCAUGUAUGAGCCGACGGAAGAAUGGGAAUUUUUACCCAAUUUUCGCUGGCAGCCCAUCCCGGUGCAGUUCAUAGCCCACGGAAAAGAUCCG